AACCAUGUCAACACCAGCAACGUUCGCGCUGGUGUUCAGCUGUGCGCUGCUGUGGGGAAUCGGCGCCACAGCCUUUCAGUCGCAGAUUACAGCGCUCCUGCCAUUGGUCUUCCCCUCUGAUGUGGACGCAGCAUACGCGCAUUGGAUAUCGUGGAGCAGCGCGGCCUGCUCCGCCUACUUCCUCUCGAGCCCAUACAUCGCCACGCCCAUCAAAAACUCCCUCCUCCUCGCCUUCUGCCUCCUCUCAGUCACCCUCGCUGCCAUUGCCACGAAAUUCAGACGACCGGAGCUUCCAAACCUAGCUGCUAUGCCUGUGAAUGUUUGA